UCUAGUUCACUUUUGUGCUGCUGUUAAGCGUAGCGUUUAUUUGUUAAACAAUUUGUGCAUUUAGUUAUCAAAAUUAACUCAAACUUAAACUGAACUAGAGCGCCAUGGCCUGUCGCUGCAAGUAUUUUAUAAAAAUAUUGAACAACUGUUGCUUUUGUUUCUCACUGCGCACGGGUACUUUGCUCUUUGGUUGCAUAUUCCUGGUGUGGUUCACCUAUCAAUGCCUGGGCAGCGCUUUCAUGAUGGAAUGCAUAUUCCCCAAUGAGUACAUGGAUAUGGGGGCGAAGGGACCGCCGGCGGCACCCAAGACGACAAUGAUAUUUGGAUACUUUGGCAUUAUAGUGUCCGCAAUGGUUUGCAUAGGCGUGCAUAAUCAGAACAAUGAGCUGCUGUUUGUGCCGUUUUUUGUGUUUACGCCACUUUGGAUAUUGGUGCAUAUCGUUGCCAUGAUACUUUACAACUUUGUUAUUGUUAUAGUUGUGCUAUUUGUUGUAACAAUACUGCUGCUUAUAUAUGCGUGGAUAAUUGUCUACUCGUACUUUUCGGAACUGCGCUAUGCCUACGAUGAAGAUCUGACACAACGACAAACUUAUAUAUAAACUUAACUUUCUAUAACUUUCAAGUAUAAAUUGUGUGCAAGUGACAUUGGGUUCUUGA